AUGUUUGAUCGUCUAAAAGAACUCAAGGACUUCAAAAACGAGACCGCUGAUCAUUGCUUCGAUGUCUUCAAAAUAGAAUGGAAGGAGCUCCGAGACGCCGAUUCGCAUUAUCGACUUUACGUAUUUAUGCUGGCGAUUCUUUCCAAACUGCCAAAAUGGGAAGGCUAUUUGCUGGCGAAAAAGUUGAUUAUGCGGCUUUUAUGUAAAGCGGACACAGCAAAACGAACGCUCAGCUUGGAGUUGAAGCCCGCCCUCGGCGAGCAAAUCCUUUCCAAUUUAAGGGGAUUUAUCAAGAAAGUCGACGACGAGGAGGAACAAUCAGACUGA